AUGAACAGUCAGGUUUUGAUCGCUGGUGCCGGGCCGGUUGGGCUUACGAUGGCUCUCGAGCUCGGCAGGCGUGGCAUCAACGUGCUGGUCGUCGACAAAAGACCAGGAUUCGGCAAAUUGCCCAAGAUGGAACGCUCCAAUGCGCGGACCAUGGAAAACUUCCGCCGCAUGGGCAUAUCUGCACCGAUCCGGGCUGCUGGCCUUGAUAACGACAUGCCCAUGGAUGUCUUCAUCUGCCUAGAGAACAUUGUGAAUCCACCUCUCUUGCAUCAUAGUUAUGCAUCAGUCAAUACACUACGCGCGGAGUACCAGGCGACCACCGAUGGCUCGAAAGCAGCAGAGCCAUACCAGCUCAUCUCACAAUAUACACUUGAGCCUCUGUUAUGCGACCUUGCUAAACGCUAUGACAACGUCCAGAUAGUCUUUAACCACGAACUCGUUGACUUCACUCAGGAUGGCACGAGCGUCACCGCCCAAUUGCGCCUUACCGAUGGUUCUAUCACCAAGGCUCUCACUAAUUAUCUGGUUGGUUGUGACGGCGCCUCCAGUACUGUCCGUGAACGUCUCGGCUUUGUACUCGAAGGCGAUUCGCUACUUGAGAUGCGGCAAGCACUUUUCUACUGCGAGGACCUUCUUCAGCGAAUUCCAAUCGGAGUUGGUCGGCAUUACCACAUAGCCGAUGAUACAAACUCAUUUAUCAUUGUACAAGACGAUAAGAAACACUUCUCGCUACAUGCUACCGUUGACAGCGAUGAUAAGAUGGCGCCGUUAUUUGAGCGAGUUGUCGGUUUUCCAAUCAAGUACAAGCAACUCUACGUUGGCAGAUGGCGGCAACGACUCAUGCUGGUUAAUCGAUAUCGUGACCGUCGUGUCUUCCUUGCAGGUGAUUCAGCUCACCUUGUUAUUCCGACGGGCGGACUUGGCAUGAAUACUGGACACGCCGAUGCUGUCGAUCUAUCUUGGAAGUUAGCGGCGGUCCUACAUGGCUGGGGUGGGCCUAAAUUGCUAGACUCCUACGAGGUAGAACGUCGGCCCAUUGGCGCCCGCAAUAUUGCCGCGUCAAGGCGAGCUGCCGCGGGCCGGCGUCAAUGGCGAAAAGAAUGGCGCCCAGAAAUUACUGAAGAUAGCCCUGCUGGUGAAGCAGUGCGGAAACAAAUCAUCGCGGUAGCCGAGCGCGAGCAGCGCUGGAGUAACGACCUUUACGGAAUCGAGCUUGGAUAUCAAUAUACAAACUCUCCGAUUCUAAUGGGGACCGAUGAGGGUAACGACAUGGCCGACGUCGAAUCGUGCUUUGCGUAUCAACCAGUUGUCCAGGUCGGCUACCGCCUACCAAACACCUGGAUGAGUGAUGGGAGAUCUAUCCAGGAUGUCAUCGGCGAUGAAUACGCGCUCAUUGUGAAUGAGAAUCAACCUCCCCGCUUAGACCUACUGGAAGAGGAGUUCCGGCGUGUUGGUGCUGCGUUUUCUGUCGUUCGGCUGGAUACUAAAGAAGCUGGUGCUGUCUACGGUAACGACUUGCUGCUGGUUCGGCCCGACCUACACAUAGCUUGGCAGGCUGCUACGCUUCCUGGUGACCCCACUCGUCUCGUGGCGACUAUCACCGGCAAUUAUAGCAAGAGUUCUUGA